UCAGACGUCGGCGGUCACCACGUUUGGCUCAACCCACCGCAUGGUCAGCUGCAGUACUGGGUUAAGCACUACCAGCGUUGCAAGGCAGCUAGGCCAUUCGACACCAGCGCAGUGAUCAUCGCUCCUAAGGGCUCGCUCAGCGGCAAGCUUACCACGGGCAUGACACUCCUGCAAGAAUACGCCACGGGUACACCUCUCUUUGCAACGUCAGCGGACAGCAAUCAGCUUGACCCUGCACCGCAGGACUUGCAAGCAUGGUACGACCCCCCGCAACAGCCCAAGCUCCGCGUGGCUAGCCCAGACAACGCCCUCAUUUUCAAGUGCCGCAUUGGCCACACACAGCACAAAGUCCUGAUCGAUACAGGCGCAUCCCACUCCAUCGUUAGCAAGAACGCACUUCCCCCUGGCCUGACCGUCGCACCGCACGGCGCCAAGGAGGUAGAAGUCGCAGACGGCAAGCGCGUGACCCUUGAAGGCACCGCACAACUACCAUUGCACAUCCAGAAAUACACCGCAGCCGUCCCAGCACUCGUCAUGCCAUCCCUCCUGCCCGGCGUUGACUUGAUUCUGGGUAUGGACUGGAUGCGCGCCAACGGCGUGAAGCUAGACAUCCCUAACCUUACCUGCCUGCUCACCAAGCCCGCCAACGGCAGCACCAAGCACAUACUGCUGGUUGCUGACUCGUGCAAUAAGGGUUCGACAGCAGGUGGGGAGGACACGAAUGCCGGCGUUGCACACAUGAAGGCCAUCUGCGCCAUGCUCGCCGCAACCACUCCCGACCUCAUGUCCGCUAGCGCCGCCCGCCGCGCCAUGCGCAAGAACGUGCCUGGCAUGCUGGUGGUCGUGCGCGAAAGUGCGCUGCCCUCGUGCUGUGUCAUUGCUGGCGUCUGUCCAGCGGCCCUGUCGCUGGUCGUGGUUGAGGACAGCGGCGGGUUCUUCCAGGUCUUCCCAUUCCACCAGGACGCGAGGUUCGUUACCUGGGGUGAGGAGCCAGGUAGGCCGCCGGGUUUGGGGCGGUAGCGGUUGCGGGCGUAGAGGGUGAGGGAGCCGGGGGUGAUGACGGUGGGUUCCCACUGGACUCGGUAAAAGGGCGCGCCUUUGCUGGUGGUGUGCGCUAUCGCUUGUUGUACUCGCUCCUGUUACCCGUAUAGGGUGUUGGUGUGUGAUGGGACAGGGUUCAAGGCAGGUUGGCGAGGUCCCGUAUAGGGUGUUGGUGGUGGUUAGGGCUUUGGUGCGGUAGGUUUCGCUGAAGUGCUUCCAUGUGUCGGACGUGGCGGCCAGGUAAGCGUCUUGUUCCUCCUGGCUGAGCUUGUGUCGGUGUGUGAACGUGGUUGGGGGCGUGGGGCCGAGGAGUAGGCGUCUGAGGUGUGCCGCGGGGUUUUGGGGCUGUGCCUGGGAGGCUAGGGGCGGUAUGGAUCAGGUCUGCGCAUUGUGCUUCUGUAAGCGGGUCGAGUG